GCCACUGGACACCAUCGUCGUCACCACGGGGCACACGUUCACAGUUCACAGUUCACAGUCAGUUCACUGACAGUAACAGACUUAGUGUGUCACUGCCCCAAAAGCCACAGGGACCUUUUUUGGGCUUCGACGUCUGAACCGCCAGUUUCUUCCUAUUUGUGCAACGACUUUCUGGUGUUCUGUUCUGUAAGAAAUUUUCGACUCUAACCUGCAGCAGGGAUACUGAAAACGCCAGAAUUUCGACUUCUUUCAUUAAAGGAAUUUACUUGCACAUAACAAACAAUGUGGUUCACCAGACUUGCCCUGAGUUUAGCUACGUGUCUGGUAGUUACUGCGCAGUCUUACUCUGAUCAUGCCUCUUGAGCCACUCACUCGAGCUUCUGUCGCCAGAGUACGACUCGGACGUCAUGCAGAACAACCCUGACAUCAGCUCGCGCCUCGAGAGCCUGCGGACGACCCGUUCGAGGGGCGGCGGCUACGGAGACCCCAUCCAGGACGAGAGAAGCCUGUUGAGAGAGGAGAGGAAGAGACUCAAAGCAGAGAGGAGAAGACUCAAGGAGGAGAGGAGACAAGAGCGCUGGGCAAGAAGACGCCAGCAGAAGCAAGCCGGCCACAGGAACCACUUGAACGGAGGAGACGCCGACGAAGAAGAGGACGACAUCGUGGACUUCGACGACCACAUCCAUCCCAUGCAUCGGACGCCCGUGGUGCGCGUUUCGGCUUCCUCCUCAGGAUCUUCGGGAGCCUCGGCUGAUUCCGACCCGUCUUCACCACACGCCGCUUCGUCCUCGUCCUCGUCUUCUGCGUCUUCGGUGGGUCCCUCCAGAUCAGCCGGAUCUGCGGAUUUUUUGGGCGCGGACGUCACACCCGAAGUCAUUGACCUCGAAUGGAUGAGAGCCAACAUUUCGUCUCUGUGGUCCAUCGUGCGAUCGCUCUCAAGGCAACAGGGUCGGCCCUUCAUCAACAGGGGAGGCCGAGGGCGCCACCACCACUCCGGCGUCAUCGACUCCCCGCCCGACCCGGCCGCCUGCCCUGGGAUGGAGGACGCCUGUCGUAGCGAAGGGUCCGAAUUGUGUGGUGGCCACGGCGUCUGUUCCUGCGGACACUGCUUCUGCCAUCCUGGUUACUACGGGACCUUCUGCCAGUGUGACGACCACUCUUGCCCCGUGUACGACGGCAUGACCUGCGGAGGGCCAAGCCGCGGCCAGUGCAGGUGUGGAGGAUGCGUCUGCCGCCCAGGAUACACCGGGGAUUCUUGCGACUGCCCGACGGAGACGCAGACAUGUAUUUCCCCCGACAGCGACGAAAUAUGUUCGGGGAAAGGAACUUGUUCCUGUGGUCGAUGCAGAUGCAAUGACGGCCACAAGGGCAUGUACUGCGAGGACACGGUUUACGCCGCCGGCGUCUGCGAGAAGCUGAAGUCCUGCGUCAUGUGUAGGGCGUGGAACAGGGACCUCCCUUCGUGCGCCCACUGCCAGAUCACCGUCACUACCGUUGAGAGCUUGGAACCGUCGAUGACAACGUGUGUGAUGGUGAAUUCAGGAUGUCUACUCCAGUUCUCCUACAUUCCGCAGACAGCGGACUCCUAUAACGUAUUGGUUCCCAGGGAUAUGGCAUGUCCAGCGUAGACCAACACGAGUCGCUCAUUUAGGAUUUUUUAAAGGAAGGGUUAGUUAAUUAAGCGAAUGUCACAAAUUAAUGCUGACUAUAUAAUUGUGAUUUUUUUUUCUGUCAUUUCCUCUCCAUCUUUCAUUUCAUUCCAUUGUAUUUCAUUUCAAAAAAUAUAUAAACUUAUAUGUCUAUUAUUAUAUAUAUAUAUAUAUAUAUAGUGCAUAUAUAUAUAUAUAUAUAUAUAUAUAUAUAUAUAUAUAUAUAUAUAUAUAUAUAUAUAUAUAUAUAUAUGUGUUACAAUGAUUCAAAAUAUUCGUUCACGAAAAGAAGCGAUUAAUCUUUAUCAAAAUAAGCAAAUAGUGAAAUAUAAUUCAUAAAAUAUAUAUAUAUAUUUAUACAUAUAUGUACUAUAUAUAUAUUAUGUAUAUAUAUUUAUAUACUGAAGAGAGGUUCGGAAACCCAUAUUUAAAUUAACUACUGCCUUGCAAUUAACCAUAGAGAUUCAGACAAUUUUUUUUUAUAUAUAAAUAAAGUCGCUUCCUAUCUAUUUAUAUAUUCGGCCGAUUGCCACAUUACAGUAUCAAAACAAAUUUAUAUAUAUAUAUAUAUAUAUAUAUAUAUAUAUAUAUAUAUAUAUAUAUAUAUAUAUAUAUAUAUAUAUACCAUGACUGUUCAUACCUUCCCUGUUUUCUGUUUACAUAUUUAAUUACAAGAUUUCACGAAUGAAAAUAAAAAACCUUUCUUUUAGACCAAUUUAAAAAAUAAGAUAAACAAAUUUAUAAGGAUAAAAGAAUUAGUUAAAAGAUUUUUAAUAAAUCUGAUAAGAUUCAAAAAAUAUUUUAAGCUUAAAAAAGUAAUUUCUGAUUAUUUAUGAUUGGAAAAAUGCUCGAAACGAACUUUGCACUCAGUAGAGGAACAUUCACGUGAGAAACCUUUUCAUAAAGUUAUAUUGUUAAAAUUCAACCCUGUUACUAUUUCACAUGGAAAUAUAAUGUAUCAUCACAA